AGCGCUUAUCUUUCACUUGCAAGAAUGGCCAUUAGUUUCGAGAAACAUCGGCCAGAAAUCGAACGAGCGUGGAAAGAUGUCUUGGAUGACAAAUCGCCAACAGAUUGGGCUUUGUUUGGCUACGAGGGACAAAGCAAUGACUUGAAAUUGGUGAGCAGUGGGGACGGCGGUGUAGAGGAAUUAUGCGAAGAUUUGAAUAGUGGAAAAAUUAUGUAUGCCUUUGUACGGAUUGAAGAUCCCAAAACGGGUUUGAAAAAGUUCCUCUUGAUCAAUUGGCAGGGUGAAGGAGCUCCUGUGUUACGCAAAGGUACUUGUGCCAAUCAUAUACGUGAUGUAGCCAAGGUGUUGUCUGGAGCCCAUUUAACAAUAAAUGCCCGUAAUGAGGAUGAUAUUGAUUUGGAACGUCUGCUCAAAAAGUUGAGUACCGUGAGCUCGGCAUAUAGUUUUAAAGAGCCACGCACUGUACAAGAGGAACAGAGGGCACCCGUUGGCACCAACUAUACCAGGGUUAUACCCACAAAAGAAUUGAAUCCAACGGUAAUGCAAGAUUUUUGGAAGAAGGAAGAAGAGGAGGAGAAACGUCGUUUACAAGCCGAAAAGCAGCAACGUGAAAUGGAACAAGCCAAAUUGGAAAAGGAGCAGAGGGCACGAGAAGAGAAGGAACAUUUGGAACGGGAAAAGAAAUUGCAAAUGAACAAUAAGCUACAGCCGGCUCAUGUACCUAUUAAAACAUCUCCACAGCCGCUGAGCCCCGAAAAGACAAUGCCAAGUUCAGCAUUGACAGAAGCAGAACGUAUGCGACAACAACGUAGUCAAGAGGCCAAGGAACUUAUAGGCUCCAGGGUAGGAGCGGCUAAGGCCAUGUUUACCAAACACACUAGUGAAGGUCAAUUAAUAAACAAACUUAAUACAGCACCCCCUGCAAAACCAGCACGCAAUUCCAUUGCUCAACGCAUUAAUGCCUUUAAUCAGCCACAGCAACAACCCGAAACACCAUCAGCUCAACAACCAUUACCAGGCAAAAUUACUUUACCCAAACAGGCAAUAAUUGCCGAAGAACCCAAGGCCCCAGAAAAACCAGUACCAGUUCCAACAGUCGCUGUUGAAACACCCGUGGUCAAGAUUGAACCCAUUGCUGCAGUUAAUGCACCCUUGGAACCAGUCAAACCUGAAAUCACAGCAAUUGCCAAUAAUGAUGAUGAUAAUCACAAUAUCGAUGAUUAUCCCCUGGAACCAGAUACUGAACAGUAUUCCACCAUUAAACGGUCACCGCAUAGCAAAUCAAAUUCACUGCAAUCACCGGACGAUACAUCAUCGUCAAAUAACACCGAUACAGCUUUAUAUCAGGACGAGGAAGAAGAGGUUGUGCGCACAAAAGUUUCCGUAACUGUGCAACAAUCACAGUCACAAACACCAACGUCCACCAAUAAAAAUGGUUAUAUGGAUAGAAAUGAAAUUAAUGAUCUGGUCAAUGAAGAUGACUUUAUAUGUCAAGAUACUUUGGGCGAUUUGGGUUUGAGGGCCCGUGCUUUGUAUGAUUAUCAAGCAGCUGAUGAAACCGAAAUCACAUUUGAUCCUGGAGAUAUCAUCACCCACAUUGACCAAAUAGAUGAGGGUUGGUGGCAAGGUCUUGGACCAGAUGGCACUUAUGGACUGUUUCCGGCAAAUUAUGUCGAAAUUAUAGACUAAAUAUAAGGGAAUUUACAACAUUUUACUCUUUACAAAGAAACCAGCAACAAGUAGUAGCAGAAAACAA